AUGUCCAUGUUGGAGUAUCUGCAAUUUCGAAAUCCCAAUCAAAGCGAAGAUCAAAUAUUGUCGAAGAUGAAGGAACAAGGCUUGGACUCGGAGAAGCUGCUCGCCGAGCAUCAACAGCAGAUUGCCUGCGAGCAAAAUCUGGCAACGGUUCUCAAGAAGCUCGACAUCGGCUUUCGUAUCACGAAAAGUUACAUUUUGCUACGUAGGAUGGUAGACGCGUCGAAAUGCGUAGAAUGGGCGGAUCUGGUGAUUCCAAUCGGCGGCGAUGGUACAUUUCUCUUAGCUUCAAAAUUGAUUACGGACAACCAGAAGCCGGUGUUGGGCAUAAAUCCGAACACCUCGAAGAAAAGUAUUUUCACAAUCCCGCCGAAGUACACAGUGGAUAUCGAUGUAAUAUUUGAUAAGCUUCGCACGGGAAACUACAAGCUAUUGAUGCGGAGUCGCAUACGGACGGUAAUGAACGGGACAGGUCUUUACAGACGACCUUUUCACAUACACGAGAAGAGCCGCACGUACGGAGAAAGGAGAGCCGAGGCUCUGAACCCAUCGACGCAAAGGAAAAUAGCGGACGCUCUUCAGCCCCGUCAAAGGAUUUUACCUUGGUUGGCGUUGAACGAAGUGUUCAUGGGAGAGUUUUUAGCAGCCCGGCCGAUAUCUUUGAUCGUGCAAGUCAACAAUCAGAAAUACCAUGUUCGGAGUUCAGGUAUAUGCGUUUGCACCGGGUCCGGUUCCCAUGGCUGGUUCAAAUCCAUGAACUAUCAAUCGGCCGAAACUGUUCGAAACAUCUUCGAGAUAGCUACCGGCAAGAAAUUAAGCCCCGAGGAAACCGAUGAAUUACUACGCAAAUACCACGAAUCUCUAUCAUACCCCGUAGAAGACUUACAAAUGACGCUUAAAAUACGCGAAAUGUACUUGGCGACACGAUGCGUAAAAAACAAGUGUUGCCCAGACAAAGUGAAGUGUUUUACACUUACUGUGAUAUCGCGUGGCUUCGAUGCAGCCCUAGUAAUAGACGGGUCCAUUUCCAUACCCUUCAACGACGGCACAUUGGCCUCGUUCGAGAUCAAACCUGAGUAUGCUUUAAAAAAUAUCGUUCUGACUUAA